CUUGGAACUUGACAGCGGGAUUCUGUAAUGUGGGCAGGCAAUUCCCAUUUCUAUUGUAUGGAUGGUCUCCUCCAGUACUUACGGCGGACCUUCGGCGCGGCCAACACACCAUAUACAUGUAUCCACUCAUUGGACAAACAUGAUGUCAGACCACGACAUGCGCGGCCUCCUUGAUCGCAAUUCGCAAUAUGGAGAAAACAUCCAAACCCUUCGCGCUACCUCUAAGCUGAUCUGUUCAUUGAGAACUAAUCGACGAGCAUGACUGGGCAUGACAAAGAACAGAGGGCAGUGUCGCAAUGGACGCUUCCCGAGACCAAAGGAAUCCAGUCUCUGGUACUGAUCCCGAACACUACGCUAGACUCAUUGGCGCCAGAUGAAGUCAGAGUGAAGUUGUAUGCAGCGAGCUUGAACUAUCGGGAUUUGGUCAUCGCCAAGGGUGGUGUGCCAGGAAAUAUCAGUACAGGUGUCGUUCCAGGCUCAGACGGUGCAGGCAUUGUGGAGGCUGUCGGCAUCAGCAUCACCAAGUUUAAGCCUGGGGACAGAGUCGUGACACAUUUGAGUCCCUUCCUUCCAGAUGAUUUGGCCCCAACGAUGAAGGACAUCUCAGCUGGUCUCGGCCAAUUCGUCAAUGGGACUCUACGUGAAUGUGGAAACUUCCAUGAGUCUGCUCUGCUUUUGGCACCUCGGAAUCUCAACUUCGCAGAAGCUUCGAGCCUAACUUGCAGUGGGCUGACAGCUUGGAACGCGAUAUUUGGGCUCAAGGGUCGAGAGGUGCAUGCUGGUUCCUGGGUUCUCACUCAAGGUACUGGGGGAGUCAGUAUCGCCGCGCUACAGUUUGCUGUCGCAGUCGGAGCCAACGUUGUCGCUACGACUUCAAAUGCCGAAAAGGCGAGACUGCUAGAGAGUCUGGGCGCGACGCAUGUUGUCAAUUAUCGCGAACAUCGGCAAUGGAGUGCAAUAGCUAGAAGCUUCACGCCAGAUGAACGCGGCUUCGAUGUGAUUGUCGAUGUGGGAGGAGACAGCACAUUGCCAGAAUCGCUGGAAGCUGUCCGAACUGAUGGUAUUGUGGUCCUGACGGGACUACUGGGAGGAGGCCAACAGCCAGUUGCGAUGCUGUCGGCACUGCGAUACGCUUGCACUGUUCGAGGCAUCUUACUGGGCUCGCGAAAGCAGUUCCAGGAUAUGGUGAAGUUCGUGGAAGAGCGCAAUUUACAUCCUGUAUUGGACUUUCGGACGUGGGCUCUGCAGGAUGUGAGAAGAGCAUAUGACUGGCUGGACAACCAGAAGCAUUUCUCAAAGGUCGUGAUCAGAAUGGGCUAGACACCUGAUGUAUGUAUGUAGGCUAGCAGAUGCCAAGAAGAACGUUGGCUACCAUGGCAACCAAACGGG